AUCUUGAUGUUAAAUUUCACGUCUAAAAAAACUAAAGUCCAAGUAUAAAAAGCUCUCAUGCUCUUCAAAUUGUUAUCAGUACUCUUCCACUAGCUUCAGCUUCACAAAAACUAUUACAAAUCCCCCACAUUCAUCAUGAUCAAGAUCGCCGUCUUCUUGGCCCUGUGCGGUAUGGUUUCUGCUGGAGCCAUCGGAUAUAGCGCAGUCGUUCAACCAGAGCCUUAUGACCCACACCCCCAGUACAACUACGGAUACUCUGUUGCCGAUGGUUUGACCGGAGACCAGAAAUCUGCCCAAGAAAGCCGAGACGGUGACCUCGUCCAAGGCCAAUACUCUCUCGUCGAACCUGAUGGCGCAGUCCGAACUGUCACCUACACCGCUGAUGGAAUCAACGGAUUCAACGCUGUGGUUUCCCGAACUGCUCCAGUUGCCCCCGUUGUCGCCAAGGUCGCCGUUGCAGCUCCAGUUUACGCUGCUCGUGGUUAUGCCGCACCAGCCUACGUUGGCGGAGCUUAUGCUCAUUAUUAAAAUACUCUGAUGACUUUUAAGUUGUACUAAAUUAUUAUUUCUUAUAUCAGACGCAUGGUGUACAUUUCUGUAUUCAAUCUACUUGAAUUUUGAGUGAAUUUUGUAUGAGAAUUGUUUGUGAAAUUGUUGAAUUAUAAUAAAUAUGAAACCUACUGAA